AUGCGUUCCAAGUUCAAGGACGAGCACCCCUUCGAGAAGCGUAAGGCAGAAGCCGAGCGUAUCCGUCAGAAAUAUGCCGAUCGCAUUCCGGUAAUCUGCGAAAAGGUCGAGAAAUCAGACAUCGCGACCAUCGACAAGAAGAAGUACCUUGUCCCUGCCGACCUGACGGUUGGACAGUUCGUCUACGUCAUCCGUAAGCGAAUCAAGCUGUCACCCGAGAAGGCGAUCUUCAUCUUUGUCGACGAAGUGCUGCCACCGACAGCUGCUCUCAUGAGCAGUAUCUACGAAGAGCACAAGGAUGAAGAUGGUUUCUUGUAUAUCACGUACUCCGGCGAGAACACUUUUGGUGACUGCUAG